AUGUCUGAGUUAUUGAUCAAGAAAGUGCUUCAAGACAAAGGCCAAGAUACAGAAGAUCAAAUACAGAAUGAUGGAGGUGGUGAUCAAGUGGCAACAUCUGAUGAACAAACAGCUGCUGCUAUUGCAAGUGUAACGGGUCAAGUACCUUCCAAUCUUGCUGAUCCAUCUAAUAUACAGUAUCGCUUUCAUACAGACGGUAAUGGACAAAGUCAGGUGACAUACAGAGUUGUUCAGGUAGAAGGAGAAGGGAAUGCUGGGAAUUCUGUUGUCACCACAACUUCUUUUCCUCAGGGACAGCAAACAGUGACACAAGUUAAUGAGGCAGUAAUACCAAGUCCAUACAGCAAUGGUAACAGUCCAAGCAAUGACAAUCAGGCAGGUGAGACGCGAUUUACCUAUUUCCCUGCACCGGCAUCUGACGCUUCAACCACCGCACAGUCAGAGGGCUCCCUCACACAAGCUGCCGGAGGUCAGUUCUAUGUAAUGAUGUCACCACAAGAUGUGCUGUCAAGUGGAGCCCAGCGAAGCAUUGCUCCUAGAACACACCAGUACAGUCCUGGUAAAAUAGAUGGCACUAGAACAGCUAGAGAUGAAAGAAGACGAGCCACACAUAAUGAAGUUGAAAGGAGACGAAGAGAUAAAAUAAAUAACUGGAUUGUGAAGCUAUCAAAACUUGUCCCAGAGUGUGGACAAGACCACUCUAAGCAGGGACAAGUGGGUGGG